AUGGGGAACAAACUCACCUGCUGCCUGAAGCCCAAUGCCAGCCCCAAGGUGGGCCAGAGCUUGGAGUGGGUGAAUCCGCACCCUGAGUCUGAUGCCUGUGAGGUGACUCAAGCUGCCCGGGCACAUGAGGACUUGGGUCUCCUGUUCUGCAAAUGCCACCCUCUCCUGCGCCUCAGUAACCUGCAAACGCCCAAAGGUUUAAUCCCUUCUGACCAUCCUGGGGCUGGCACCAUUUUCCGGAAGAAACGUCAAAUGAUCGUGGGAGAAAAGAGGAAGAACAACUAUUUCUACCAAGUGUCUCCUGGUCACCUUAGGGAAAAGUACAGCUCGUGUGCUACAGUAUUUGUAGACAGCACUAUUUCUCAGUCUGAUUUGAAAAUCACCUUGCAGUGCCUGGCACUAGCAAUAUAUUACCACAUAAAGAAGAGAGAUGCAAAUAGAUCCAAGGACAUUUUUGAUGAGAGACUCCAUCCUGUCACAGAAGAAAAGGUUCCUGAGGAAUUCUUUCAUCAUAAUCCUGAUCCCGAAUCAAUUUACAGAUUUAUUCGACCUUUCUUCAUUGCCUUUAAGGCAACAGGAGGAUAUGCCAUAACAACAUUGGUUUACAUAGAAAGACUUUUAUCUUAUGCUGAAAUCGACAUUUGCCCAUCUAACUGGAAACGCAUUGUUUUGGGAGCGAUUAUUCUGACAUACAAGUAUCUGCACGAUGAGGCUAUGUGGAAUUUUCACUUCUUCUCAUUGCUAAGGGGCAUUACAAUCAAGAACUUAAAUGAGUUGGAAAGGCAAUACCUAUGUCUACUGCAGUUUCGUCUGUAUGUUUCUACCAGUGUCUAUGCCCAAUACUAUUUUGACCUUCGGUCCUUAGCAAGUGACCAUGGAUUGUUGCCUAUUGCAUUGACUCCUCUUCAAAAAGAACGAGCACUGAACCUAGAGGCCAUUGCCAGAUAUUGUGAAAACAAAAACCUGUGCAGGGUGGCCAUAAAAAAAUCUGGCAGCUGUGCUAACCUUACUGAUGUGCAGCGUGCCCAUGCCAUCUUAUCUUAA